CAUAAACCGUCUGCUAGGGUUUUUCCAGUGUUGUUCCCUCUAUAUAUUAAGACGGCACAAGUUUCCCUUCAAUUAUCGGGAGGGGAGAGAGCAUCUCAGCUCGUCGGCAUUUCAUCUCAGUCUACUCGUCGUCAAGGUAAGCCAUGGUUAAGCAUAACAAUGUUGUGCCUAGUGGGCACUUCAGGAAGCACUGGCAGAACUAUGUAAAGACCUGGUUUAAUCAGCCAGCUCGCAAAACCAGAAGAAGAGUUGCAAGACAAAAGAAGGCUGUGAAGACUUUCCCUAGGCCCACAGCUGGACCGCUUCGUCCCAUUGUCCAUGGGCAGACAUUGAAGUACAAUAUGAAGCUAAGGUCUGGAAGGGGAUUUUCUCUUGAGGAGCUUAAGGCAGCAGGUAUUCCCAAAAAACUUGCCCCAACCAUUGGCAUAGCUGUUGACCAUCGACGCAAAAACCGUUCCCUUGAGAGUCUCCAGGCUAAUGUCCAGAGACUGAAGACGUACAAGGCCAAGUUGGUUGUCUUUCCUAGGCGUGUUCGCAAAUUCAAGGCUGGUGAUUCUGCUCCGGAGGAAUUGGCAACAGCCACCCAAGUCCAGGGUCCUUACAUGCCUAUUGUGCGUGAGAAGCCAACCGUGGAGCUGGUUAAGGUCACGGAUGAGAUGAAAUCAUUCAAUGCCUAUGCCAAGCUACGUGUGGAGCGCAUGAACAAGCGCCAUAUUGGUGCCAGGUUGAAGAAGGCUGCCGAGGCUGAGAAGGAAGAGAAGAAGUAGAACAUGUUUUUUUUGCCUAUUAGAGAAGCAGCAGUGUGUUUUGGCCAUGCCAAUGUUGGGAUCUUUUUGAUUUUGCUGAUCCAGGUUUACUUUACUGGAUUUCUCUCGAACAAGUAGUAGUCCUAGCGUUGAAUGUAUGAAUUUUCACGAUUACUUAGUUUAUAUCAUUGUUUGGAUUUUUGUGUUGUAUCA